CGACCUACCUCACGUGCUAUGUAGACCUCCCCACGCUCUCGGGGCCGCGACCCUGCUGGAGGCGAACGCGACCACCACAGAGAGCCGUGCGUCUCCGCCGCAGGCAACCAAUGAGGACAGGGAGCAAGCCGCCUCGAAGGACAAGAGGCUGUCGAACAGAGUUGUCGGAGGAGGAGCAACGCAAUGGACGGGCACGGCGACGGAGCACGAGCUUGCGAUUGGCCCGCGUUGAGGCGAGCACGAUCGACUAUUCGUCGUGGUGAGGCAGUCCGCCCCCUCGCUGCCGCGAGGGGAGAGGAGCUCAAAGCAGGUGCACGACCUAGUGCGUCGGGCCGAAGCCGACGCGCGGGCGACGGCCGUGCAUCGGUCGACGAGCGCGCGACCGUUGAUGCGUAGAUGACCUCCGAUGACCCCGAGCCUUACCAGGAGGCAUCCCGGAACCGGUGAUUGUCCGUGCAGAGGGACGUGACGCGGGCUGAACCGGCAGAGGAGUCGCUGGAAAUGGUGUUAGAGGCGGGGAUGUCCCGGAGGACAGGGCCAUCGUGCGGGGAGGGAAGCACCGGGUCGGAUCUGUGUCCUUGCUCGAUGGACCCGGCGCCAUGGUGCCGGGAGGAGCGCCUCAAACCGGCUCCGGGCCCAUCAUGGUGACCCCCGUACGGCCGCCCCCGAGAGGCGUCGGUACCGGUUCCCGUACUCAGCGGCAAGAGACUUGCGCGAUGGCCAGUGAUGCCACCGACGGAACCACUGCAAGCCCCCUUGCGGCCGUGGUGAACACAGAUUUUGGUGAGUUCGUCGUUUGCCAUAAGAAGAUGUACCAGAUUGCCCGCAAAGCCCAGGGCCAGCUGGUCGAUCUCGAGCAGUCCACGGUCGUUUCUCCCUUGAGUCGGACACUAUCCGGCUCUGGCUGGCCCGAGGAGGCCAGCAGCAUGACCUUCUGUACAGAGAAUGCGGCCGGCUGUGUAAGGAGGCAGGCUGUCUCUCGACAGAGAGGAGACAGCUGGAGUUGCGCUAGAUAGCGGAGGAGCAUCGCCAGUUGUUGGCGGCCAAGCAUGUGCUGCUAGAGAAGGCUCUUAAUGAGGCACGCCUAUUGAAGGAGGACGAUGACCAUCAAGCCUGUGCAUGGUCGGUGAAGGAGCAGGAAAUGCUGCAAGAGGCCCAUCACAUUGACCGAAAGUCAUGGAAUGUCAUGGUUCUGUCUCGAAGUCAUGGGUUGGUUCCAUCCUUGUGUUCAGUUGAUGAUAAAAAAAUCAUGGGUUGGUUCCGUCCCGAUGUUUAAUUGGAGAGAUGAAAUGAAAAGAAUCUAAUACCACUCACCUUUUUGAUAUAAA